GUGUGUGUGUGUGAGAGAGAGAAGGCUGGUAACUGUAUGAGCGCCUACAAAUGUAAAUUAGUUUACUCUUCAAAUUGCUUGCCGAAGCAGGGCGUUGACCGCAUUAAUGGCGGCGCCUACAUGCAAAUCAAUUUUACGACGAUCGACAGCUUUGAUUUGAUUACGAUCGUACAGAAUCAGGCUGAAAGCGGAAUUGAAGGAGCUCGAGAUCACGGCGAGCGUACGGCUGUCUCGCCGCAGCCUGGCGGCGGCGUUUCUGUUGGCUGACAUUUUUGCCAGCGGAAUUUCCGCAGUUGUAUUCCAAAAAUUGCCGUGGGAACCGUUUUGUGUUUGAUCGAUUGCAGAGAAUUGAAUUGCUCGGAUUUUGGCGGGACGGCGGCGGUAGCUGGUUUCCUGUUUGGCGGGUUUUUCUUCAUCGUCUUCGAGGAUUACAGGCUAAUUGACUCUAGCAGAUUUUUAGUGAUCUAGAUGAAGGAUUAUCAAGAGAGAUGGAAACCAGGCCGCGGAAACAGUGUCAUUGCCUCGUUAAUGGGUCUUGAUGAGCUUCACACUAAGCCGCCGUUUCAUGAAAAACGCAGAGGUUUAUCUGAAAGCUAUGUCCGAAACUCUGCUUCUAUAGGCCUACGACCGGGUAGUUUACUUUCCGUUGCUCGUAUGUGUAGGGUAGAUAAUGAGGGAGUGCAGGCCUCCAAUAUGAGUGAAAAUGAUAAUGUUUCCGAUAGAUUUUUGAACUCGAGAAGUGGCAGUUUUAGGAAGGGUAUAAGGUAUUCAAUCGGCAAUAAUGAUGAGCAGAAGCUUGAGCAUGACUUGCUUCACCUUGGUGAGCUUGGUAUGGAUUCCAUGGGGAACUCAUUAAACUCGCAGUUGGAGGUGAUAGAUAAUACUCGUCGUUUAUCAACUAGCAUUGGCGCUUUUAAACCAGGUUCGGAGAAGGAAGGGACCGUAGGGUAUGAUCUCAAAGAUGGUGAGUUAGAUGUACAUACCAGUGUAAUUGGAAAUCUCCGACAUGAGUUGACACAUGAAGAGCUACCUGUGUCUUCAGGGCAUAGUUGCAGUGCUUGCUCCCGAGCUAUGAACAGAAUCUCUCAACAAGAAACGCGUAGAAGCAAAUUUGAAGGGUUACUGAGAUAUGGAAGUUACGGCCACCAUCCACAUAGAUUACUUCAACGGUCAUCUUUGUCCAAUGAAUCCAAGAAGCAAAAGCUUCAAAGGUGGAAGAAGAUGGAAAAGAAGGUUCAAGGAUUUGGAGAUUCUCGGAGGAAUGAAACUCUUAAUCAAAUACUAGCUUUGGCUGAUCGGAUAUCAAAGCAAGGAAAUCUGGAUGUGAAACCUGGUAAAACUAAUUUGUGCAAUCCAACCAGUAGCAGUUCUUCGCUUCUUAGCAGCGUGGAUGUUGGGGAUGAUGAGAGUCUAAAAAGCCUACCGGUUUCUGAAUUUGAAGAAGUGAAAGAUAUCCUUUCGACUGGAUGGAACACGACACAAGAUGAACUUAUUGCAACAGAGAACAAGUCUGAGGAACAAACGACUUCCCAGAAUGACGAUUUAGAAUCUAAAAGUGGGAGGGGCAGCAAGCAGUUUCAGAUUUCUCUUGGUGCGGAUGAUACCAUGUCACCAGGUUCUAAAAUCUCAGAGUCAUCUAGCUGUUCCUUUUUUUGCUUUGGUUCAGCAUUAAACAACCCUGAAGCAUACAUCCUUGGCAUUCGUGAUGAAAUGGAUAAUAAUUUUGAAAACAACUUUGGUGAAGAUGAUGAACAUAGUACGACUGUAGGGGUUUCUUCUAUAACCAGUGGUGACCCUCAGUCAGAAUCAAAUCUGUGUACCAAAUUGGAGGAAGCUGGGAAAUCUUCUGCUGUUGAGGAAGUCUUCAGCAGAGAGGCAUCAUUAAAUGAAUAUUUCGAGGAAGAGCCAGCUUAUUCAAACUUCCCUGCAAUAGUUCCACCAGAGUCCCGGGAGAACUUGAAGAGAACCAAUCAGCAUAGUCCCGACUCAGUUUUGGAGUCAUUUGGUAUAAAAAGUUCUUUGGAAUGGUUUGACGGCACAGGACUGCAGUUGCAACUCGAAUCUCUAAAUUUUGAUUCUGGUGAAACUUACUCUGAAGGAUCUGUCAUGGUUGUGUCUGGUGACGAGGAUGCCGAGGAAGAGUUUGGCGUUCCCCAUCAUGAUAGCAGAAAAGUUAAGAGGUGGCUCAGAGACGGCGAAAGCAGGAACUUCUCUUACACGGUUGACGUUUUAGAUGAAGCUGGAUUUUGCGGUAUGAACUCUUACAUGGAUUUGAAAAUGUGGUAUUCCCUUGAAUGUCCAAUAAGCCCCUUGGUGUUUGAGACGUUAGAGAAGAAAUACGGCAAACAGACAUCUUGGCAAAAGUCUGAAAGGCAGCUUCUGUUUGACCGUAUAAACUCAGCGCUUCUAGAAAUCUUUCAAGCUGGUACAACAUCUAUACAGAGAAGAUUACGUGCCUCGUUCAGACUUGAUGAGGUUGUGGAUGAGAUAUGGACGACGCUCGUUAGCCAGGAAAAAGAGAAGACCAAAGAGCUGUCGGAAAAGGCUUUGGUCAAAUGGUUGGAGUUUGAGGAAGGCAUUGAUAUCAUCUGUAAAGAACUUGAGGCCUCAUUAUUUGAUGAAUUGGCCAUGGAGUUCGCUAGCUUGUGGAAUUGAUGAACCGGGUUUAUCACUCGUUUCUAACAUCCACGAGAAACACAGAGAUGGUCGUUUUCCAUCUCAGACAAAGUUUUGGGUAUGAAUUCGUGUUUAGUGUUUCGUUCUUGAGCAGACGUGGAGAACAGAUGUAGGCGUGCUGGGAGCGCGGAUUUCUCCACGUCGGGGUGCUUAUAGGAUUGCGUUGUCGAUAGAUUGUUCUUCCAUUCAACAGAGGAUCACCUCCUACACAAGUGUUGAAGGUAUGUAGAUAACACAUUUCAUAGAAUUCUUGUAUUUGUUGCAUCAAUGCAUUUGUUUGAAAAAGUUGCAGUUUUGGAUUGUAGUGAGGUCAGAGCAGCUAAGAAUGUGCUGCGUUAUCAAUUUUGUGGCUUGUAAAAUCAUGAGAAUUUUUUCAUAUAAUUCAGAUUUUUUUUUUCAA